UAAAUUUACCAUGGAAAGAUUUCCUGAAUACUAGCGCCAGCGGUGUGUGCGAUGUGAUUAUGUGGUGUGUAGCGGCAAUGAAAUUGAAAACGUUCCUGUCGAACGAAAUUGCACAUGGCGGCGGUAGAACAUCAUGGAAUAGGCGCUCCGUAGAAACGCGUCGGAAAACAGGCUGUUCAUUCCAAUUCCAUCCUCCCUAGGAGAAAGACAAUACAUUCACAUACAAACACAUUCGUGGUCGAUAAGCUGGCCAGAAAUUGUUUUCCCUCCCAAAGCUGUACGCCCCGCAGGCAAAUUGAGUUCUAGAUCGGCGAAAAAGGGAGAAGUAUUGUUCCUUUCUUCUUCAUGGUGGUGCAGCAACAUUCACAGCCGCACCGCAGCAGCCUGGUUGACUUGAGCGGUCGUUAAAUUCAGAGCCAACCAACCCGGCGUAUAACUCCCCCGCUGGGGUGGCUUUAAACGUGUAAAGAGAGAAAAGAAGAGAGCAAAACAAUGACCACCACGCGGGAGGACGUGCUGCUGCAGAUGGGGGAGGUGCGGUUCAAGAAGGGCGACGGAACGCUGUACGUGAUGAACGAGCGGAUCGCGUGGAUUGCGGAGCAUCGUGAUACCGUUGCCGUGUCGCAUCGUUUCCAGGAUAUAAAGAUGCAAAAAAUCUCCCCCGAAGGCAAGCCGAAGGUGCAGCUGCAGGUCGUGCUGCACGACGGCAACAGCUCGACGUUCCACUUCGUCAAUCGGCUCGGCCCGCCGGCCCAGAUGGCAGACCGGGACAAGGUGAAGGAGCUGCUGCAGCAGCUGCUGCCCAACUUUCGGCGCAAGAUCGACAAGGAGCUGGAGGAGAAGAACCGCAUCCUCACGGAGAAUCCGUCCCUGCUGCAGCUGUACAAAGAUCUGGUCAUCACGCAGGUUCUGACGAGCGAAGAGUUUUGGGCCCGGCACGCAAAAGACUACAUGAACAAGGAGCAGACGGUGCGGCAGGACAUUGGCGUGUCGGGCGCGUUCCUGGCCGACAUCAAACCGCAGACGGACGGGUGCAACGGGCUGCGGUACAACCUGACCGCGGACAUUAUUGAGUGUAUCUUCAAAACGUACCCGGCCGUGAAGCGGAAACACACCGACAACGUGCCGGCCAAGAUGACGGAGGCGGAGUUUUGGACCAAGUUCUUCCAGUCGCACUACUUCCACCGGGACCGGAUCGUGGCGGGCGGCACCAAAGACAUCUUCACCGAGUGCGGCAAGAUCGACGACCAGCAGCUGCGCCAGUCGGUCCAGGAGAACCUCGGCGAUCCGCUGCUGGACAUACGGGCGUUCGAGGACAACACGCUCGAGGAGGGGUUCUGCAGUUCGGCCACCGCCAAGCAGCAGACGGUGAACAGCGGCAACAUUGUGCACCAGAGCAUGAUCAAGCGCUUCAAUCAGCACUCCUUCUCGGUGCUGAAGACGUGCACGGACGUGAAGACGCUCAACUGUGGCAUCGGCGCGAUACUGAACGCUACGCCCGGGGCCAACGACGGAGGAGGAGGAGCGGCCGCCAAUGGGCAGACGGGGGUGGCGAAUGGGAAGGACAAGCACAACAGCAACAGCCUGCCGGCGGAUGGAGCGAACAACAAUAACAACAACAACAACACGGUGAAUGGGUUCAGCAAGAAGGACAAGCGAUCGCACGAGCUGGCGAACGGUGGGACGAUGAACCACCAGAAUGGAGUGCACGUCGAGCCAACGAUUAAGCGGGCCCGCAUUCAGGCCAAGAUUACCUACGACGAUCUGGAGGGCGAAGAGGACGAGCGGUCGCGCGUGAAGCAGCUGAAUCUGACCAAAAUCGAACGUUACCUGCAUGGGCCGGUACCGGCAGCGGGCGGCAGUGCCGGCGGGCAUGAUGCUUCCCUGUCCGGCCAUCCCAAGCGUGGCGGCGACGGGAGUUUGCAUGACUUCGAGACAACCCACGCGAUGAUACUGGAGGCGGCCAAUGGGACAUGGAGCAACCGGACGCCGCACAAGCUGCUAGUGAGUCCGGCGGCGGCCGUCAGUGCGCUCGGGGACCUGAGUCCGGGCGGUGCGCUCAUGAGAGGAUUCCAGGAACAAAGCCUUGCCCAACUUGUGCCUCCCGAUAUUGAGAAGGAAGUGCGUAAUCUCUACCUUUCGCUGCUGGAGCUGCUGAAAGAGUUUUGGAAAUGUUUUCCCCCGACCACGCCGCAGCUCGAAUCGGAAGCUACCCGCAUGCACGACAUACUGCAGCGCUUCGCAAUGGUCAAGCUGAAGCCCUUUGAGGACCGUGCCAUGAGAGAACUGUUGCCAUUGGGCUCCUCGCUGACGCAGCAUCUGAACCAGCUGCUGCAGUCGGCCAACCGGAAGUACGCGAUCUGGCAGGAGCGGCAGCGCCGUACGCACAGGUAGCACCACUGCUCCACCACAACGCUCCAUUAGCGGUCUCCUCUCCCACCAACGCCCCAAGGGACACAGCUGCUGCUGCUGCUGCUUCUUUCUAUCAUCAUCACAUUUCGAUGGUCCCUGCCGAUGCCGAUGCCAACCAUCACAUACAGAAUUCGAUGGCCAACUUCAUCUCACCCGUAUAUUGUCUGUAGUGUGUGUCCGUCUCCUUCUGUCCAUCCACAUGCCUUUUUGGGGUCUAUUUUCGUUCGACAUUGAUGUGUAGUGAUAUUCCCGCUCUAAGCGCACUAGUAGCUGCGAUUUCCGUUCAAUAAUGUGAGCUCAAAUGUUGGGAUUUGCUGGAGAAAGAACAAACAAUGAAUCGGACAUAAAUCGUAGAAGUUGCAUUAUUUUUGCUGUUCUCCUCAUUUCUCAUCUGCUGCUUUACACGUGGUAGCGCUCCAAAAUAUUGCCUUGAGGCGUGUUUAUUGUCGAUUUUUUAAAUGUGGCCUAUGAACGGCGGAAAUUAAGCAGAGUAGAAGGGUGUGUUCGAAGGAGGCCUUAAGCCUCACAAAAAGGGAUGUGUUAGUAUUACUGAUAAUAAUUGGGGAUGGGUAUAACGGGGCAAUGAGCCAAAUGUGAAGAAAGGCAAAUAUAGGAGAAGGGCAGUGAAAUUUGAAUCGAUUUAAAUGAGCCAAUUUUGUCAUAAAAAAAAGAAAAGAAAACUCAAUUAAUUCUCAAAGAUACAAUGAAAUACAUUCAUAUCAUCUUGGAAAAUUGAUAGCCACCAUCACGCACAUCGGUUUGUAAUUGUUUGAGAAACGCUGCAGAGCGAAACAAUUAGUGGAAAAUUUAAAACAAUACUGUGCCCGAGUUAACAAAGGCUAUGAGGAGGAUGGUGCCGAUGGAACGAGAAACAGCAACUAACGUGUGGGCGGGUAAAGUAAAAUCAAUCCUCAAAACUCAGCCCACUGCGACAAAUCAAAUUAAACGUUUAUAACUGGUGGAUGAAAAUAAUCAAACCUAAAAUCAAAGGGCGAGAGAGAGAGAGAGAGAGAGAGAGAGAGAGAGAGAGAGA